AUGCAUCGCACUUAUUCUAUGCGCCAGACCCGGGCGCCUACUGCCUCCCAGCUCCAGAACCCCCCGCCACCUCCUUCAUCCACCAAGUCCGGCCGUCUCUUCAAGAGCAGCUUCGGCCAUGCCCUCCGCCGAAAUGCCGGUGGUGCCUUUGGCCCCGACCUCGCCAAGAAGCUCUCCAUGCUGGUCAAGAUGGAGAAGAACGUGAUGCGAAGCUUGGAGACUGUUGCCCGUGAGCGCAUGGAAGUUGCUCAACAAUUGUCUAUCUGGGGUGAGGCCGGAGACGAGGAUGUUUCCGACGUUACCGACAAGCUCGGCGUCCUGCUGUACGAGAUUGGAGAACUCGAGGACCAAUACGUCGACCGAUACGACCAAUACAGAGUUACUAUGAAGAGCAUUCGUAACAUUGAGGCUUCAGUCCAGCCCAGCCGUGACCGCAAGCAGAAGAUUACCGACCAGAUUGCUCAACUCAAGUACAAGGAGCCCAACUCACCCAAGAUUGUUGUUCUCGAGCAGGAACUCGUCCGAGCUGAGGCUGAGUCCCUUGUCGCUGAGGCCCAGCUGUCCAACAUCACCCGCGAGAAGGUCAAGGCAGCCUACACCUACCAAUUCGAUGCUCUGCGUGAGCAUUGUGAGAAGGUCGCUAUUAUCGCCGGCUACGGAAAGCAUCUCCUCGAGCUUAUCGACGAUACUCCCGUUACACCCGGUGAGACCCGUCAGGCCUAUGAUGGUUACGAGGCUAGCAAGGCCAUCAUCCAAGAUUGUGAGGAUGCUCUCACCAACUGGGUCACUUCCAACGCCGUCGUCUCUUCCAAGCUCUCUACCCGUGCCCGCACACUUUCUCAGCGACGCCGAACCAACAUCCGCAACAGGGGAGAGGGCCAUGACCUCUCUGGCCAGGAUGUUCCCCUGAACGACGGCAGCUCUUGGACCGCUCGCGACCGCGACCUUGAUAGUGAAGAGGAGGAAGAGGAUGAGGAGGAUACCCGUGGCUCCAUUCUGGACAGCGACGGCGGUAUGAACGGCGAGUCUCGUGGACGCACACAGGAAGCUGUUGCAGCAUAG